CCUCCCCGCCUCCACGUCGUGGCGCGCUCGGGCUUCGCAGCGGAUAUGGGCGCCGCCGCGUGGGCACCGAUACCUCUGCCGGCGCGCCUGUCCCUCCUGAUGCUGUUUUUGCUGCUCCCUGGGCUGCCCUCGGGCUCCUGGGAUCCAGCGGGUUACCUGCUCUACUGCCCCUGCAUGGGGCGCUUUGGGAACCAGGCCGAUCACUUCUUGGGCUCUCUGGCAUUUGCCAAACUGCUGAACCGCACUCUGGCUGUUCCCCCCUGGAUUGAGUACCAACAUCACAAGCCUCCCUUCACCAAUCUCCAUGUGUCCUACCAGAAGUACUUCAAGCUGGAGCCCCUUCAGGCCUACCAUCGGGUCAUCAGCCUGGAGGACUUCAUGGACAAGUUGGCACCUACCCAUUGGCCCCCUGAAAGGCGGGUGGCAUACUGCUUUGAGGUGGCAGCCCAGCGGAGCCCUGAUAAAAAGACGUGUCCCAUGAAGGAAGGAAACCCCUUCGGCCCAUUCUGGGACCAGUUCCAUGUGAGUUUCAACAAGUCAGAGCUUUUUGCGGGCAUUUCCUUCAGUGCUUCCUACAAGGAUCAGUGGCUCCAGAGAUUUUCCUCAAAGGAGCAUCCGGUGCUCGCUCUGCCUGGGGCCCCGGCCCAGUUCCCUGUCCUGGAAGAGCAUAGGCCACUCCAGAAGUAUAUGGUGUGGUCAGACGAGAUGGUGACGAAGGGACAGGCCCAGAUUCACACCCACCUCAUCCGACCCUUUGUGGGCAUUCAUCUGCGCAUUGGCUCCGACUGGAAGAAUGCCUGCACCAUGCUGAAGGAUGGGACUGCAGGCUCCCACUUCAUGGCCUCACCACAGUGUGUGGGUUACAGCCGUAGCACGGCCGCACCGCUCACCAUGACGAUGUGCCUUCCUGACCUGAAGGAAAUCCAGCGGGCCGUGAAGCUCUGGGUGAGGGCACUGAAUGCCCAGUCGGUCUACAUCGCCACGGAUUCUCAGAGCUACAUACCUGAGCUCCAACAGCUCUUCAAAGGGAAGGUGAAGGUGGUGAGCCUGAAGCCUGAGGUGGCCCAGAUUGACCUGUACAUCCUCGGUCAAGCCGACCACUUCAUUGGCAACUGUGUCUCCUCCUUUACCGCCUUCGUGAAGCGGGAACGGGACCUCCAGGGGAGGUCAUCCUCUUUCUUCGGCAUGGACAGGCCCCCUCAGCUGCGGGAUGAGUUUUGACCUGGACUGGAGCA